GCUCUGUACGGGGUCCUGUUUGAGAAGCACAAGGAGGCGGCCUUUGCCGGCUACCGCCUCUGGGAGGCCCUGGGCUUCGUCACCGCCUUCGGGUACAGCGCCUUCCUCUGUGUCAGCGUCAAGCUCUACAUCCUGCUGGCCGUGCUGACCGUGACCAUGGCGGCCUACGGAACCGUGGAGCGCAUGGAGGCCAGGAAGACGCACACGCCGCCGGCUGCAGGGCUGGCAGCCCACGCGGAGGGGAACACGCAGACGGCCCUGUGAGGCCCGUGUGCGGCCGCAACGGGGAGUGGGCUGAAGACACACCGGGGGCGUCCGGCUGCCCGCUCUCAACCAGGCCUGCCCCAUGUGGCCACAGCCACGUGUGACUGCGCUUCUCUGGAGCGUUUCUCUGUUCUAAUGAUUCUCCGCCCACAUCUCACCACAAGCCACGCAGAGUGGAGGGGAAGGCAGCCGGCCACUGGGACCCGGCCUGGGGCACGGCCGACCCUUGCGUGGGUUCUCCUGAAGACGCCCCGCAGAGCUCACACAGCGCCAGAUGAGCAGCGAGCGGCAGAGCCACACGGAGCUGCGGCUGCUGGAAGCUCGCAGAGUCUGUGUUUCUGAAUAAAUGCGAUUAUUUUACGGA